AAAAUGAAACGCACUACAUACUUUGUUUUUUUAGUAAAUCUUUUGGUACAAGGAGAUUUCAAUUCUAAUUUCAUGUUCAGAAAUCCGUCUUACGAUAACAGAGGAACUAAUGCAGUCCAUAUUAUUUCAUCAUCAAAUUCUAAUAGUCGUUUAGCCUGUGCAUCUCAAUGUACCGCUUGGGGUGAGUGUAAAUCUGUGAUGUUUAACAUCGACACCCAUGAAUGUCAACUUCUGUCUGUCCACAUGGAUGACCAAUCAGACGCAGGACCACACAGUUCCGUAGGAUGGCUGUACUAUGAAAAGGAAUUUGAUUGUACAAUAUGGCACCAACGUUUCGGUCAUUGGUACUUGUUGGAUUCUAAUUACAGAACAUUUAAUGACUCACGGACUUUUUGUGCCAGCCUGUCUCCUCCGGCUUACGUUAUUGAAGUGCAAUCUGAAACGGAAAAUGAUUGGCUAAUCGAGCUAACAUCUAACCGAUGUGGAGUACCUCACGAAUACUGGCUGAACGGAUACGAUACAGAUAACUCUGGGACGUUUACGUGGAUUGACAGUCAAACUCCGUCAACUUACACAAACUGGUACACUGGUGAACCGAAUGAUAAUAAUGGCGGCAUUAAUCCUGAGAAAUGUAUUGCAUCAUCUACUGGAUAUGAAGGAGUGUGGGUUGAUAUUCCAUGCACAUUUAGUAGACCAGUUGUUUGUGAAAGAAAUCUUUAGAAGAAAUAUAUAUUAAGUGACCAAGCAAAUAGAACACAAAACAGCGUUGUACAUGUAGUUAGAGUAGAUGAGAUUAAUUGGAGUUACUUACAAUUUAAAAAGAUGAUUUUAUGUAUUGCUGUAUUGUUUUUUCUUAAAAAUGAAUCACAAGAAGUACUUUGGUAUCCUUUACAUUACUUAGAAUUUCUUAUAGACAACCAAAUCAUUUGGGUUAACAUUUUGAAAUUUUCUGGCAAAAUAGUUUUUAGACG